AUGGAGGCGCUGGCGCUGCCCGCGGCGCUGGCGCUGGUGGCCGGCGGCGGCGCCGGGCUCAGCCCGGAGCGGCGGGCGGCGCUGGGCGCCUCGCUGCCGCUGCUGCAGCGCGACUACCGCUUCGAGCGGGUCUGGUUCUGGGGCUGCAUCCAGGGCGUGCGCGGCGCGUACUACAUCGCCGAGGGGCUGGGCCCCGACCUCGCCGCGCCCCGCAGUCGCCUGUACAGCUCAAACUGCUUGGACUGGAGUCUCCUAACGCCAGCCACCGAGGAGAUGCGUGCACUGGCUGAGCAGGUGAAGGGCCGCUUUCAGGGGGAUCCUUCUUUUGAGUACAGCCUGGCCGAGAUAAACACAGAAGCUGCUGCAAAACUGAUUGAAAGUGGUAAGGAGCCUGUGAUGAAGGAGGAGGCCCGCCUCAUAGCUACGAUAGAACAGAUAGACAGAGAAGUUGGUAUCGUCCCCCGGGGGGCAUUUGUGAAGACUCCUCUUGGGUCUGUGCAUGAAAACAGACACUUCGAAGGUCUGUCUUUGGUGGAGGCAAAAAAGUUAAGUUCCUAUUUCCAUUUCACUGAUCCUGUUAACCUGAAGAAUAAAACCCUGCUGGAAAAGGCUGAUCUGGACCCAUCCACUGACUUUCUAGAUUCUCUGGAGCAUGAUAUCCCACAAGGCUCCUGGAGUAUCCAGCUGGAGAAGGGAGGCACUGUGGUGGUGCUGCGGAGCUUGCUGUGGCUGGGACUGACAUUCUACCAUGUCCCAAUGACCAAGCAAUUUGGCUAUGUCUACUUUGGCACUGGUGAGAAGAAUCUUGAUCUGCCCUUCAUGCUGUGACUCUUCUGUCUGGGAAAAGGACUCAAGAACUAGAAAAUAUCUGGAUUUUAUACUUAGGAAAUUUUGUUUACUGCUUGUUCUAAUAAAAAUGUGAAGCCUCUGCAUUUUGAGCAGGA